GUUUGUUGUCUGCGUUUCAUACAUUGCGGCAUGUGAAGAAAAUGAAUAAUUUAAAGAAAAUACUGGUAUCUAAUAAACUUUGUCAGUUUGUUUUUCAUUACGGAAGUAGAACUUUUUCUACUAAUUCAUCAACCCAGCACAAAGCAUGCCUAAAUUUAUUUGUUUCAUCUCCUUUUUAUCCGAAAAAUGCGAGAACGAUGCACCACAGCUUUUAUUGUUUACAAACACCUACCAAUGUUGAAGUUGAAAAAGACUCCAGCAGAAAUGUUGGAUCGCAACAGCAUGAUGAACUGGAAUCCAAAACUAUUAAAUAUUCAGAACUAGCUACUGAUGUUGAAAAAAGAAAGAAGAUUCAUAUGAUUCUAAUGGAGCACGAAGUAGCGAAAUUAGAAGGCAAGAAAGUUCCCUCGAAAAUAUCAGUCGAAGACAUGAGUGAACUUUUAAGCAUGUAUUCUUUUUCUUCGAGAGUUAAGUACAUGGGCUUCUUGUUCGAAAAAGAAAUUAGGAGGGCUGCCGAUAAGCGAAAAAAAGAAGUCAAACGAAAAGAGAGAGAAGCAUGGUUAGUUGAAAAAGAAAAUUUAAAACCAGCUGAACACAUUCAAUAUGGCAUUGGUCAUAAUACAAUGGUCAUCAGGGUGAGAAAGAAGAGUGUUUUUCGAUACCAGAAUCAAAGGCUUGCAAAUGCUGUAUUGUUCGGUCAGAAAAUGAUCAUCGACAUGGAUUACGACUGUUACAUGCGCAGGCAAGACUGUCAUAAUUGUGGAGAACAACUCCUGGAACUCUAUGGCUCAAAUAGGAAGAACAGAUAUCCCUUUGAUUUAAUGUUUUGCAAUGUUGAUCUUAAAAGCUCAACUAUGGCAGCAUUCAGCAGAUACAUGCCCAAUGUAUACUCGCCUGAUAAUUUUAUUACUCUGACAGAUAUGAGUUAUCUUGAUAUUUUUCCGAAGGAAAAAUUAAUAUACAUAAACCCAUAUGCAAAAGAGCCAAUGAAAACUUAUGAUCCAAAUGCUGUAUAUAUAUUGGGUGGCUUAGUUGAUAAAUGCAUUAGGGAACCUGUAGUUAUGGCAAAAGCCAAAAGAGAAGGUAUACGAGCUGUACAUUUACCAUAUGAUGAAUAUUUAAUGUGGGGAAGAGGUAAUAAAAGUCUUCCCUUAAAUCAAGUGCUAGAAAUAUUGUUGGAAAUGAAAAAUACUCAUGACUGGAACAAAGCAUUUCGUUAUGUGCCUCAAAGGAAACUUGUUCGUAGCCUCGAUUUGUUUUCAGAAUUUUAAUAAAAAAAUUUA